CUUCCCUUGCGCCGGUGACUCUGUUUCGUGGACUUCGUAGUAUCGUAAUCUCAUAGAGCUGUGAUGGAUCCAGCACAGAACACAAACACAGCAGGGAUCGGUGGAAGCAAUGGCACAACAACAACGACGAUGGGAUAUCAAACCAACGAGGGAACAGCAACUGCGUCUGAAGAUUCAAAGGAGAAUCUGAACCAAGUCAUAAACUCAAUUCAGAAGACUUUGGGACUCCUUCAUCAGCUUCACCUUACUGUCUCUUCUUUCACUCCCGCUUCUCAGCUUCACCUCCUCCAGCGCCUCAAUUCUCUGGUUUCGGAGCUGAAUAGUAUGGCGAAGUUGUCUGAGAAAUGCAACAUUCAAGUCCCCAUGGAGGUUCUUAGCUUGAUUGAUGAUGGGAAGAACCCGGAUGAGUUUACGAGGGAUGUUAUUAAUAGCUGCGUAGCUAGGAAUCAAGUUACAAAGGGCAAGACUGAUGCUUUUAAGGAUUUGAGGAAACAUAUACUGGAGGAGCUUGAAGAGACGUUUCCUGAUGAAGUUGAUAAGUAUAGAGAGAUCCGUGCUGCUUCUGCCGCUGAAGCAAAAAGGGUGGCACAGUCGCAAGCUGUGUUACCCAAUGGGGAUGCAAAGGUCAAGAGCGAGCUAUAAAGAAAGAAGCCACUUUUCUGUUCUCUUCUUCUGUGGAUCUUCUUACCCCUUGUAGAAUAAAUUUUCUGAGUAGAUGAUGUAAACGAACAAGAACCACAUUGCAAUUUCUAUAAUACUUGGUUUCUGUUUGUUUGUUUUCAAAGUUUUUUGUUUCCUAUAGGCUAUAUAACACUCAAACUUUGUUUUCUUCCAAAUCUACUCUCC